AUGGCUUUUCACAAGACUGUGAAGUCGGACUCGUACUUCUCGCGCUACCAGACCAAGUACCGCCGUCGUCGUGAGGGCCGCACUGACUACUAUGCUCGUAAGCGUAUGAUCUCGCAGUUCAAGAACAAGUACAACGCUCCCAAGUACCGUCUUGUUGUGCGUUUCUCUAACCGCUUCGUGACCUGCCAGAUUGUCUACGCCAAGAUUCAGGGCGACUAUGUGUUUGCUCAUGCCUCGUCGCGCGAGCUCCCUCGCUACGGCAUCAAGCACGGUCUUGCUAACUGGACCGCCGCCUACGCCACUGGUUUGCUGGUUGCCCGCCGUGCCCUCAAGAAGCUCGGCCUCGAUGAAAAGUACCAGGGUCAGGAGGAGCCCGAUGGUGAGCUCGUCCACACUGAGCCUCUGGGCGACGACGAGCCUCGUCCAUUCAAGUGCUACCUCGACGUGGGUCUGAAGCGCACUUCGACUGGUUCGCGCGUCUUUGGUGCCAUGAAGGGUGCCUCGGAUGGUGGUAUCUUUAUCCCCCACAACGCCCGCCGCUUCCCCGGUUACGACGUUGAGGCGAAGGAGUUGGACGCUGAGGUCCUCCGCAACUACAUCUACGGUGGUCACAUUGCCGAGUUCAUGGAGUCGCUGGAAGAGGAGGAUGACGAGCGCUUCAAGAAGCACUUCUCGUCGUACCUGAACGACGACAUUGGCAGUGAGGACAUUGAAGAGAUCUACGAGAAGGCCUACGAGGCCAUCCGUGAGGACCCUGACUUCAAGCCCACUGAGAAGUCGAAGGACUGGGCGGCUGAGUCGAAGAAGUUCAGGCAGCCCAAGCUCACGUACGAGCAGCGCAAGGAGCGUGUCCAGAAGAAGAUCGCUGCCUUCCAGGACGCUUUCAACCUCGACGACGAGUAA